AUGUCGCUCGAACUCCUCGAUGAAGACACCCCUCGCGUCCGCUCGUACGUUCAAUACGAUGAACACGGUCGCGCGCGCUUAGACGCCGAGAUCGAGAGUCGAGCGCGCGGACACCGCGCCGAUUUGACCGCAACGAAGCGCGAGAAGAAACAUAAACCGUUGCGAGUCAUUCUUGACAUCGACUCCGUGCGCGGUCUAUCCACGUCGAAGAAGCGAGCGACGGUGUCGUGCGCGCUCGCGCCUGGUCCGCGAGCACGCGCGAGCGAGCACGGAUUCGCCUCGCACGAAUGCGCGCCGGUACAGUACGCGUACGAGAGGCAACGGCAACAGGCGACGACGAGCGGACGAGCGUCGUUGCGAGACGAGACGGACAUCAAGGCGACGUUUUCUUUCUACGUCACGCAGGCGUCGGUGGACGACGUGAUUACGAUUGAGGUUCGAGAGGGAUUGGAGAGUCCGAGGGGUAAGCUCGGGAACGCGAAGGCGACGUGUGAGAUUCCCGUGCGCGCGCUCACGCCGAAUCGAGAGCCACCGGUUUGGACGGCGACGACGGACGUCGCGCGCGUUCCCGAGCGAUACGGUGAGUUUAGAUACGCCAUGUAUUUCGAUCACGAGCGAGAGGGGGUGUUGCACGUCCUCGUCUCGGGGUCUACUGGGAUCAAGGCGAGCGACAUGUCCGGGCAGUCCGACCCGUACGUUCGUGCCAAGUUGGUUAGAGUGAACGAAUCUGCGGCGGUGAAAAAGGCGUUCGAGCUGGCGGCGUAUGAUCAAGGGUUAAAACUUCGUGCGGCGAAAAGUUCGCAUCAAACGUCGGUGCAAAAGCAGACGCUUGAUCCGGUGUGGGACGAAGAGUUUGAGUUCGAGCGCGUAGACAGAAAUUCCGAAUCGUACGUAUUAUUCAGACUGUACGACCGCGAUCUCGUGGGAGAGGACGACGAGCUCGGUCAAUACGCCGUGCGCGUCAGAGAUUUAAAAGCGGCGAGAUCGACCGACCCCGGCGCGCAGAUCAAGACGGUGCAGUGGCGCAACGCAUCCCAUAACAAGCUUGAAUGCGUCGGCAAGUUGAACAUUGUGGCGUACUGGGAAGAUGCAGAGCGAACUGAUUUACGAGUAAACAUGAAGCGAGCGGUCGGCCUUCCGUCGUGUGAUCCAUUUGGCUCGAGCAACUCGUAUAUCACUGUCGAAAUGACGGGCAAUUACGAACCAGAGAGGCAUCGAACGUCCAUUUGCAGGGGAACGACAUCUCCAGAGUGGGAACAUUGGAUGUCAUUUCUCUCGACAAGUCGACAGCAGUGUCGGAAUCUCAAUGAAGAGACGCUCACUUUGCGGGUGUAUGUUUUAGAUUCAAAGACAGAGAAGUCUAAGUUCUUAGGAAAAUCACAACUGCCCUUGCGCAGAGUGCUCACCAAGGCGAAGGGUGGGGCGAAGAUGUCCUUUUGGCUACCUCUUGUCGAGGAGAACACAGCCGUCAACGUCGUAGAUAUACGGCUGAGCGCAUAUCUAGAGAGCGACAGCCCGGCGAGAAGACCGACCGAUCAUCCUGUUUCGUUACGCGACCAGAAAAACUAUGACGCAACGUACGCACGAGGACUCAGACUCGUUCAGGAACGCGAAAAGAGCAUUGCUGCUCGCGAACUCGAAGAAGAGCUUGCCUACUACUCGCAACUCUCGAAGACGAUCGAGAUACGGCUUCGAGAGUUCAAGUGGCCGGAGUAUCUCAUACCAGCGUAUUCGAAAGCGUACGCCGCGUGUUGCAACAAUCCAGAGCUCCUACCGCCGCCUCCAGAUGGUAUGGAAUUGCCCAACGAUAUUGUUCGCAUUUUCACCGCUGCCGCUUUUGCGCGAGUGAAGCGAGAGUCUUCUACGCACCGUUCUUAG